CAUGACGACAGGGACAGGAACCCCCUCCAGCUGAGCUUCCUCAUCUUCAUCCUGCUGCCUCACUGCUUCUCCUUUGGACGCUGUGACGACGUCUCCUUCUCCAUCUGCUGGAGGAGUCCGGCUGAAAGGCCGAGCGUGAGCGUCUGGCUCAACCACACGGCGCUCCACUCCCUCCAGAAGGCGGGGAAGGUCACCUCCCUGACGGUGUCCCCGGCUGUAGACCACAAGCUGACCCUCGAGUACGGGGGCUCGGUCCAGACAUGGACUCUGAGAAUCACCCCGCGUACCAAGGACACUCGAGUCCGAGGCCGGCAGAAACCCGAAGAGCAACCAACGAGCGCCACUCGGGUAAAUGUGAAGGAACCAAUCAGACGCCAGAUGCAUCUCUCUUCCUCCUUUGAACCCUCGUUCUCUCUGCAGGACUUCCUGGACUCCAUGCGUCCCACGGACGUGUUUGCCUGUGAGAAUGGAACGUUGUUCUUCCACCAGGAUGAAGACUUCUUCCUUGCGAUAGGCCACACCACGCGUCUCCCUGUGAAGCUGGAGUCCAGGACCCCCUCCACGCUGCUGGUCUCCUGGCUGGAGAGCCGGCCUGCAGCGGGCAGCAGCCACCUGGUGACCCUGUACUCUACCGAGCUGGACUCCUUCCACCCGCUCGGCGUGGACUCCACCUCCAGCAGCCACUACCGCUUCACGGCGCUGGAGGCCUGCAGCACCUACGUGCCCUGCGUGGAGGCUGCAGGCACGCGCUCCCUCACCUGCCUCUCCACCAUCACUGACCCAGACCCGCCCACGGACUUUGAGGUGACGUCGUGGAGCAGCAGCAGCAUCUCGUUGGCCUGGGACUGCCCCGACAAGUUCUCCUCCUUCCUCCUCACCGUGUUCUACCUCGACGGAGCCGACCACGUGACGGAGGAGGUGCUCUCCUUGCAGAAGGAGGACCACUUUGCAUUCGUCCUGUCGGACCUGGAGCCCUGCACCAGGGUUAAGUUUGGCCUGCAGACGGUUUGCCAGGCGGGGGUGGAGUCCCGCUACAGCAGGAUGCGUCUCAACAAUGGAAACUCUGCUCACUCUGGCAUCGAGGCCUUGACUCAGACCUCGUUCGGCCCGGACAACUAUACCCUGAGUUGGGAGGUGAAGAACACCUCCUCCAUCUCCAUGUUCAGGGUCUACCACCAGGAGGCGCUGCAGGGCACCACGCUCCUCACAAGCUACACCGUGGGCGGGCUGCUGCCAUGCCAACAGUACCGGGUGAAGGUGGAGGCGCUGUGUGGAGAUGGCGUGUUCAUGAGCGCCAUGGCGGUCGCAGCACACACGGGCCCUCACGGAGUGUCUGACCUCCGGUAUCGCUCCGACGACUCCGUCGCCCAGUGGACGCCGCAUGCCGCCCGCCGGCCGGCCGAGGCCUUCUUCUACCGGCUGUCUGUGGAGAACGGCACCGCGGUGCUGAGCGGCCGCGUGGCCGACCCGGAGCUGAGGCUGCCGAGGCUGGAGAAGGGAGCCGCCUUGGCCCUGGAGGUGUGGGAGCAAUGUGGCGCUCGCUGGGAGUCGGAGCGGGCCCGCCUGUGGCUACAGGGCGCCGAGGCCUCCGCCGGGUUCCGUAUGAGGGCUGCUGGACCCGGUCUGGCCGAAGAGCUGCAGUCUGAGCUGUCCCUCCGGGGCCUCACGAUGGUGCUGCCCUGGUCUCUGCCGGAGGAACUACAGGACGGAGAACCGAGAGCUCAAAUACUGAAGAUCUACGAGGAGAAGCUGCAGGAGCUGUUGGAGGGCUUCGGCCUGCCGGCCCGGGUGGAGCUAACCUCCUUUGAGCCGGCAGACGAGCCGGAUCAGAGCGAGGUUCAGUUUGUGUCUUUUGACGCGUCGCGGCCUGAAGGAGACGUUCCCCUCUCCAUCACGGACCAGCUGGACCACUUCCACUCCCUUCAGACUGACGCCAUGACGGUCACUGACGGGGUCAUCUACUGGAACGGUCCAGACCUGUGUGGUUCCUCUGGGCGGCCUCCGUGUCCUCCUAACUCUGUGUGCAUCAACACACUGGGUUCCUUCGCCUGCGUGUGUCAUCACGGCUUCUACGACGUGAGCGCCGUCAUCUCGCCGCCCGCCGCCUCCCGUCCCGUCUGCAACGAAAAAGGCCUUUUCAGCCAGUGUCUGGGUAAAAUGGUGACGGGUGGGAUAGCAAAGCCCUACCUGGUGUCCUUCAUCGGGGGGGAGGUCGGCGUGAGGCUGAACGACGGCCGCUGCUCGGUGCAGGAGAGCGACACGAUGUUCUACUUCCACACCUCACGCAAAGCCUCCGAGUGUGGAACGCAGAGGCGGGUGAAUAAAACUCACAUCCAAUUGCGAAACACUCUGACCGUGACCUUGACCAGAGGACAAACUAUCAGCAGGUGGGAUCCGAAAUACGUCUGGAAGUGCGUCUACCCGCGUCACUAUGUCCGCAACGCUCAAGUCAGCGUGGACACGGAGUGGCUGACCUCCGUCUCCCUGAUGGAGUUCGACUCGUCGCUGGGCCUGACGAUGACGCUGCACACCGACGAGUCGUUCUCCUCCAGCUACAGCGGCGCCGUCACCAUGGAGACGGAGGACACGCUGUUCUUCCAGGUGACCCUGCAGACCAACGCCUCCUUCGCCUCCGACGUGCUGCUGCGGGUGGAGUCAUGCUGGUCCACCGAGAGCACCGACCCCCAGGAUGCGGUGCGGGGGCUUCUCCUUCGGGACGGCUGUGCCGUCGACGACACGUUCCGCUGGCUCUCCGCUAACGGCCGGGCUCGGACCAGCAGGUUCUCCAUCCAGAUGUUCAGCAUGCCCACGGGGCUGCCGCUCUACGUCCACUGCCGGGCCGACGUCUGCGGACGCGACGAGGACUGCACCGAGAGCUGCAGCAGCCGGCGGCGCCGCAAGAGGUCCGUGAGCCGAGCCGGGAAGCGGGCCGCCGUGGUGUCUGCUGGACCCCUGCUGGUCCUCAACAGGGGGGGCACGUCCAGAGGACCCCCGCCUGACUGGGCUGUGAUCCCGACUGUGGUCGGAUUAAUCGGCUUCCUGGGAGCGGCCGUCCUCUCGCUGAGCGUCACCAAAGCCGUCGUGACUUACUGUGAGCGGCGCCAGCUGCAAUAAAGUGUUUGACCGUGA